AGGCAUCAUCUAGCCAUAGCUGUAAAAAAACAGCUUAACAUGUACAGUGCAAUGUCUUAGUAACAUGAUCUAGCUGGUAUUACUGACGGUCGUAUAGUUUAUAUAACUAACUGCCUGCCUGGCUGUCAUAUCUCUGGAGGUUAUGUUGGGUCCUCUUUGGUUCUUUCGGUAAAGUCACGUAGGUAUAAAAUAAAUUAAAUUGCCAGUUGUUGAUUAAAUCCAAAUGACGCAGGGAGCUUACUCAUAGUGUUCAGGAGUAGUAACACGUUACAAGCCAGCACAUUACUGCCACCAGAUUAGCCAAGGUAGGUACUGGUAAACUUGUUAGUGCAUAAUUUGGUUACGGUUACUUAGCGCGAUUACUUUUUUUAUGAUUACUUUCUCAAAGUUUGAAGAUGAUUGCAAAAAUAAUUAAAAGGGGGAAAUUAUGGUGUCAGCGGCUUUGGUCGACGUGAGGAGAGCAGCACCCGACGCACAGAGAUCGCCGUACCAAGCCCACGGUCACAGGAAUGUGCUCUUACUUCUGACGCGAAUACAAUACUCGUUCGUUUGAAGAACGCGACCUUUGCGUUUUAAAAUACCAAAUAUUAGGUUACACUGCGUCAUUUCUAAAACGCCGAGCAAUCAUUAAUCGGACGGGACCCGAUUACUUGCCAAAGAGUAACCUCCCAACGCUUGCCCGAUCGCGCAAAGAUGUCACCGUGGUGCUACAAAGGCACGGCCCUGUGCAUUGGUGGCACGGGCGACACGAGGGACCGGGGCAGUGCCAGGGUUGCCAAGGGGUGGCGGCAAGGCACGGCCGAGCCCGCCUGGAUGGUGGCCAUCCUCUACGCCGUGCAGCACGUGCUGCUGCUCGCCGCCUCCCUGCAGGCGAGCUACCUCCUGCUGCUGCCCUCCCCAGCGGCCGGCGUCGGUGGCCCCGGCUCGCGUCGCUCGGCUCUGCACGCGGACGGCCCGUGGCCCAGUCCCCAGCUGCUGGCCACGGGCUUCUUCUGCUCGGGCCUCUCCACGCUCGUGCAGCUCACGCUGGGCUCCAGGUUGCCCGUGCUGCAAGGGGCCUCCACAGGGGCCUCGGCUCCGCUGCUGCUGCUGCUGGGCCGCUACUCAUCCUGCCCCCCCGGCGACGCGGCAUGUUCCGCGCAAGCCGCGGGUACCAAUAACAGCAACUCCAGCAUCAAUGCCACAGCCAACUACGAGUGGCCAGAGCGUGCCGGGGAGCUGGGCGGGGCGCUGCUGCUGUCCGGCCUGGUGCAGGUGCUUCUCGGGGCCCUGGGGGCUCCGGCACGGCUGGCCGUGCUGUGUGGGCCCAUGGUGCUGGCGCCCGUACUCUGCCUUCUCGGUUUGGCCGGAUACCAGCACACGGGCGAACUUGGCGGCAGCCACUGGGGUCUUACUGCCGGGGGAACGCUGCUGCUGGUGCUCCUGUCCCAGCACAUGGAGAGGCAUCGCCCUGCACAAGGGAAGGCGGGACCUCUCCGUCAGCUGUGGGCAGUGCCGGCUGCUUGUCGGAAACUCUCGGUGCUGCUCACUGUUGCUCUGUGCUGGGCUCUCUGCUCUGCUCUGCCCUCACUCUCCUUGCCGCCCGGCCACUCGCAAGACGACGGAGCGGCCACUGUGGCCUGGCUCAGCCUGCCCUAUCCAGGCCGCAUGGGCUGGCCGGUGCUGAGCGCCGACGCGACGCUGGCGGGGCUGGUGCUGGCCGCAGCGAGCACGGCGGAGACGCUGGGCUGCUACGUGCUGGCGACGCGACUGCUCCGCUCGCCGGCUCCGGGCGCGAGCGCCGCCUCGCGCGGCCUCGCCGCGCAGGGGCUCGGCUGCGCCGUCUCGGGGCUGCUGGGAUCUCCGGCCGCGGCCGCCGCUAGCCUGCCCAACGCCUGUGCCCUGGGGCUCACCGCCGAGGGCAGCCGUCGGAGCGUUCUGCUGGCAGCCGUGCUCUGUCUGCUGCUGGGAAUGAGUCCUCGUUUCUCAGCGUUGCUCGCCUCACUCCCCCUGCCCGUGCUGGGCGUGGUGCUCGGAGUGACGCACAGCGUGGCGGUCGGUGCUGGGAUCUCCUACUUCCAGUACUUGGACAUGGACUCGGGACGGUGCAUCUUCAUCGUGGGCUUCUCCCUCUUCAUGGCGCUGCUACUGCCCCGCUGGAUGCAGGACCACGCGCAGAGCAUUGCCAGUGGGCGCGCGUGGUACAGCCCCCUCCAGUCGCUGCUGCGCACGCCCGUACUCCUGGGAGGCGCCAUGUCCCUGUUGCUGGACACUACCGUGUCAGGCACGCCCGAGGAGCGGGGUCUCUUCGCGAUGCGCCUGGCCCAGGAUCUUCAGGGCGGACCCGGGAGGCCGGCUACUCGCAGUGCCGCGCGCGGUCGCUGGGCGGCGCUGCGCUGUGCGACCUUCCGUGCCUUUGUGACGUCACGAUCCGCCUCCAGGGCUGCCCGAGCCAACGGGCAUCGCCCGGCGCCGGGAGACGCGGCCCCCGUUCACGAGAUGCAGUCGCUGGCUCGGGGCGCGAGCUCCAACUGCUGACGCGCGGAGCUACAGCGCAAGUGCCUGUUGAUGACCUUCGUCUUGUUAUGUAACAGUACAGGCGACUAUGGUGGAUUUUUUUUUUGGUUCGGAGCUCUGGCUCGAAUAUGAAUGUAAUGAUUAAUCAAAUGAUAAUGAAUUCAAACUAGAUUCGAAGCUUUCGUGACUGCAGGAAUGAUUCUUUGGUUCUUUCGGUAAAGUCACGUAGAAAGAAAUUAAAUUAAAUAAUAAUAGAAUGCGACGUUUCGAUUGCAACACAAGCAACCAUCAUCAGGUACAAAUGAAUGGGAAAACAAACAUAGUAAACUUGGAAAUAUAAUGCAAAUACAACACAGAGAGUCGGCCAACACAACAGUCAACACCCCACCUGGUUGAUUACGUUCCUCGAAAGAUUGCUAAAUUUGAGAGAGACACAACACAUAGACACACAGAUAGACACACAAGCAGAGAGAGAGACUCACACAGAGACAAACAGAGAGAGACUCACACAUGGGCAGAGAGGGGGGGGGGCAGAGGGGGAGUUGUGUGGAAUCCCUGCCCAUAGCGGCCAGAGUAGAGAAUGGACCCAUAAACAAGCACGGAACAAGCACGGUAGAAAUCAGGAAUUCCACACAACGCUCCGUGCUUGUUUAUUUAGAUGUCCAGUGCCCAGCUCGUCCAUCCGCUUUGGGUAGGAAUUCCACACAACUUCCCCUCUGCCCCACCCCCCACUCUCUAUUUAAGGCCUCGACACAGAGACGUUGUCUUUCUGUGUGCCCAUGUGUGUGACUCUCUCUGUUUGUCUCUAUGUGAGUCUCUCUCUGCUUGUGUGUCUGUCUGUGUGUCUCCGUGUCUAUGUUUUGUCUCUCUCUCAAAUUUAGCAAUCUUUGGAAGAACAUAAUCAACCAGGUAGGGUGUUGACUUGUGUUAGCCUACUCUGUGUUUUAUUGCAUUGUAUUUCCAAGUUUACUAUGUUUGUUUUCUCAUUCAUUUGUACCUGAUGAUGGUUGCUUGUGUUGCAAACGAAACGUCGUAUUCUAGUAUUAUUUUAUUUAAUUUCUUUCUACGUGACUUUACCGAAAGAACAAUAUAAUUAUAAUGAAUUGUUAUGCUUGGGUCAAGUCGCGUGCAUACGCAUUUGUUAUUUAUGAGAAAUGCAAAUUUUACGCAAAUACAACCUUCAUGGGGGAUGGAGUAGUAUCACAGUGGUUAGCGUACUGCACUGUGAACCCGGUCAGCUAAGUUAAGUUCCCGGCUGCAGGUAAUAUUACUGCCAAGUGAGAUCUUAAUCACAUCUGCCCCUGCCCCCCCCCCCUCCUCUCUUGACCAACAACCCCCACUGACCAGCGUGGUGAGGUAUGGUCAAUUCAUCCCAAUGACCAACAAUGGUGUAUAACACCUUCAUCCACCAGUAGACAGAUAAAGGGUUGUGACUUUAAUGAAUUAUUAUUAUUUUAAAUCUUGACUGAAAGCUUUCAUGACUGAAGGAAUGAAUAUUCUUGGGUCUUUCGGUAAAGUCACGUAGAAAGGUUCAAAGAAAAUAACAAAAAUAACAAAAAAACUACGACGUUUCGAUCGCAACACAAGCAAUCGUCAUCAGGAGAAAAAAGAGCGGGAAAGCUGCUGAGGCAAUGCUACGAGUGAGACAGAACAAAAGGAAGAGACAAAUAACAUUCGACGCAUUGCAAACGAGACAAAAACUUCGUGAUUUUUUAAUGGCAUUUUUGAAUGGCGAUUUAUGAAGAGUGGAGUUUUGGGAACCUUCCCAUACCAAGCAUAUUAUGGGGUUUAAACACAUUCCUGCGGAGGGAGCUGGUAGGAACGUUGGGUUGCUCGGUCAAUGGCCAGGGUCAACGGCGGCAUGGUGUAUUCCGCAAAUAUGCCCGACUGUGAGAGCGGGCACAAGCCGGCGUGAGUAGGUUAAACGUUGAGUUUUAUAAGGGCACCACGGGGUGACCAGCCCCUCCCCACCC